AUGGUGUCUGCUGGAAGACAGAUGCUGGGUUUGGCCCUGGCUGUCAUCGGCUUUAUAGGAAGCAUCAUCGUCUGCGCUCUCCCCACGUGGAAGGUGACAGCCUUCAUCGGUGCCAAUAUCGUCACUUCUCAAGUGAUCUGGGAGGGUUUGUGGAUGAACUGCGUGACCCAGAGCACAGGCCAGAUGCAGUGCAAGGUCUACGACUCCCUCCUGGCCUUACCUCAAGACCUGCAGGCUGCCAGAGCACUUGUCGUCAUCGCCAUCAUUGUUGGGGCCUUUGGGAUCCUUCUCGGCAUAGUGGGGGGCAAGUGCACCAACUUUGUGGAGGAUGAGAGGCAGAAGAGCAAAGUGGCCAUCGCUUCUGGUAUCGUUUUCAUCAUCGCAGGUCUGAUGGUGCUCAUCCCUGUCUGCUGGACCGCCAACACCAUCAUCCGUGAUUUCUACAACCCCAUCUUAACCAACGCUCAGAGGAGGGAGCUGGGGGCCUCGCUCUACAUCGGCUGGGGCACAGCAGGGCUGCUCUUCCUAGGCGGGGGCCUUCUCUGCAGCUCUUGUCCCCCCAGUGACGAGAACGACUAUGAUGUGAAGUACUCCAAGGCUCGGUCUGUUGAGAGCAGCAAGGCUUAUGUUUAG